GGUAAUGUAUUUCCCGUUUUUAUCAUAUGAUAUCUUCAGUAGUGCGCUGCAGUUCCGUUUUGUCAGCGCUCUAUGUUUUCCAAAUUUCCCACAAUUUUCUUAAAGUUUGGUUCGUCACGGAAUGAGGUUGUUUGAUAAUACUUUUAAAGGAAAAUACAAAAUGAACUGUGGAAGAGUUAAUAGAAGAAAUAAUAGAAGGCGUGUAGGUCUUUGGAGAAGACUCCUGGAACGGAAUUUGUGGGUCCGAUACCACGCAAUGUCUAGGUUAGAGCAGGAGGAGCUGGAGGAGAGGUCAUCCAGAGAAGCCACCGUCCCCGUUGCCGCUAACCAAGAUAACACUGGUGAUGAUGACCCAGCUGCCAGGUUAGAGCAAGAGGAGCUGGAGCAGAGGUUAUCUGGAGAACCCACCGUCCCUGUUGCAGAUAACCCAGAUAACACUGGUGAUGAGAGCAAUGGAUCAGCAAUGGAUCAUGAGAUUAUAUCUGUCAUUGACUUGGUGAGUGAUGAUGAUGAUGAUGAACCAAUUUAUUUAACCAGGGAUACUCGUGAGCAGGAAUAUGAUGAUGAUGAUGAUGAACCAAUUUAUUUAACCAGGGAUACUCGUGAGCAGGAAUAUGAUGAUAUUGAUGAUGAUGAACCAAUUUAUUUAACCAGGGAUACUCGUGAGCAGGAAUAUGAUGACGAUGAUGACGAUGAUGAUGCUGAUACGGUUAUUCUCGAACCGGAGGAGAUGAAUAGGCGGUUAGAAAAUGUAGAUUACUACAAUUGUAGCUACAUACCACGUGUACUUUCGCGAAGAGGUAGAAUUUGUGGAAGUCCAAUGUGGACAAAAGACUUCAUUUUUUAUUAAAAAAUAAAUUAAUUGAAUUGAU